AUGAUGCAUCAUUCCCGAUUCAUUGCCUUCCUGUUAAGCAUUGCUGCAUUCCUGUUGCUUCUUCUUUCAUGUACCAAAAACAACAACCUCUCUUCUCUCGUUCAUGCUGAUUACUUGAUGGAAGAAUUCAAAAAUCUUUCCUGUAGUGGAACAUCCGUCUAUAAGGAAUACAAUCCCACCACUUGCGAUAACUUGAAUUCUGGCGUUUGUCAAAACCAUACUAAUUACAGUUCCAAAAGAUCAUGUCUCCCUACCAUUCAAACACCACUCUCACCAAAAGUAGGUGAACACAUGACUCUCUUUUAUGAAGAUUCGAAAUGUUCAACAAAACCAUCGAAGGUCAUUGUCACUACUUUGGAUACUUGUAUUCCAGCUAGUUUGGGCUCUUAUAUGAUUAAGGUAUUAUUAUUCUGA